UGUUCAGUCGAUGUGGCUCCAACGGCUUCUGAUUGGCUCAUGCCGGCGAAGAAGCAUCUGCGGCUCGCGCUGUGCCAGCUGUCCGCGCGCACUCGGCUGGUGCUGGGCAACAGGGAGAGAGGGUCUCACAGAGGAUCUGACAACGUCACGAGAAAAGGACUAUGGCAGCCAACAUGGGGUCCAUGCGUAUCCUCAUCAAGGGAGGGAAGGUCGUCAAUGACGACUUCACCCAGGAAGCAGACGUCUACAUUGAGAAUGGCAUCAUUCAACAGGUUGGAAAAGAGCUGAUGAUACCAGGUGGGGCCAAGGUGAUCGAUGCCUCUGGAAAGCUGGUGCUGCCCGGCGGCAUAGACACCAGUGUGCAUCUGCAGCAGACGUUCAUGAAUGCCAGCAUCCAGGAGGACUUCUACAGCGGAACCAAGGCCGCUCUGAUGGGUGGUACCACCAUGGUGAUGGGCCUGGUUCUGCCCGAACAACACUGCUCUCUGCUGGACGCCUACGAGAAGUGCCGAGCUCUGGCCGACGCCAAAGUGUGCUGCGACUACGCGCUGCAUGUGGGGGUGACCUGGUGGGGGCCGAAGGUGCGUAGUGAGAUGGAGACGCUGGUGAGGGAGCAUGGAGUGAACUCCUUCCAGAUGUUCAUGGCCUACAAAGACAUGAUGAUGCUGAGGGAUUCCGAACUCUACCAGUCCCUGCAGACCUGUAAGGACAUCGGCGCCAUUGCACGUGUUCAUGCAGAGAAUGGAGAGCUGGUGGCAGAGGGUGCCAAAGAGGCUCUGGAUCUGGGCAUCAGUGGACCGGAGGGGAUCGAGAUCAGUCGACCAGAGGAGCUGGAGUCUGAGGCUACUCACAGGGCCGUGACCAUUGCCAACAGGGCCCGUUGCCCGAUCUAUCUGGUCAACGUGUCCAGUAUUCCUGCUGGAGACAUGGUCGCCGCUGCCAAGAUGCAAGGUAAGGUGGUCCAUGCAGAGACCACCGUGGCUCAUGCAGUGCUUAGUGGGAUGCAGUAUUACCACCAGGAAUGGGCCCAUGCCGCCGCCCACGUCAUCGUCCCCCCUCUGCGCCUGGACCCCAACACGCCCAGCUACAUCAUGGGCCUGCUGGGAAGUGACACGCUGAGUGUUGUGGCCUCGGAGCAUCGUCCGUUCAGUACCAAGCAGCGAGCUCUGGGCAAAGAGGACUUCACCAAGAUCCCCCAUGGAGUAGCUGGAGUCCAGGACAGGAUGAGCGUCAUCUGGGAGAGGGGAGUGGUCACAGGAAAGAUGGAUGAGAAUCGUUUUGUGGCAGUGACAAGUUCUAAUGCUGCAAAGAUCUACAAUUUGUACCCACGCAAAGGUCGUAUUAUACCUGGUGCUGAUGCUGACGUGGUGGUCUGGGAUCCAGAUGCAACCAGGACCAUCUCCGUGACCACUCAGGUGCAGGGCGGAGACUUCAAUCUGUACGAGGGGAUGCGCUGCCACGGCGUUCCUCUGGUCAUCAUCAGCCGAGGGCGCCUGGUGUGUGAGAACGGUGUGUUCAUGUGUGCCGAGGGUUCUGGAAAGUUCUACCCACAGCGCACGUUCCCCGACUUCCUCUACAAGAAAAUGGUGCAGAGAGAAAAGACCCAAGCCUAUAAAAGUGUUGUCAGGGACCCGUACUCUGGUGACGUGGCCAAGGUGGCAAACACUCUGAAGAAGGAGCUCGGCUUGGGCCCAAUAGAUGGAGAAUCUGCAAACAAACCCUGUAAUCGAGCCCACCAGGGAGUCCGGGACCUCCAUGAGUCGUCCUUUAGCCUUUCAGGUUCUCAGGUCGAUGACCACAUUCCGAAGAGGUCUUCGGCUCGAAUCCUGGCUCCUCCUGGCGGUCGAUCCAGUGGUAUUUGGUAAAUGGUGAUGCUGGAGCUUCAGACAUCCGAGCCGUCGUGUUUUACAUAAAAAACUGCACUGAUUUUCAAUCACAGGAUUAAAGUUAAGAAGGGAAAAUCAAUUGAUGUGUCUGUGAUUGGUGACCAAGAACCUGAAAGAUUUGCUAAAGUGACAAAUCUAAUUUGUGUCCUAAUUGGAGUGACUGACCUGAUUAAUUAGAGUGAAGGGCUAUCUAUGAAUUGAAUAUUUCGUGCUAAAUCCAAGCUAACAGUAAUAAUGUGGCUGACGUCUCCUCACCCUGCCUCAUCUCGCUCUUGUCCUGUGAAGAAACAAACUAAACAAGCUGUGAAAAAUCAAAACCAGUACAGUUUUUGAUGGUUUGAUGUCGACUGAAUUAUUUAAAAGAGUAAAACUGGUUUCAGUAACGUAUCUAUUACACCCUGUUACACACAAGCAUACAGUGCACUGUAGAAAAGCAUAGCUUUAGACUCAUAUGAAGAUGUGUGUGAUUACUGCUCCCCCUGCGCUCAGCUUCCUGCUGAACCGUGGGCCGCCCUAACAGUGUUUUUCUUUCCGACGGGCGAUCUGUGCUGUGUGGUGAUGAAAUCCAACUGCGUCAAACACUGUGUGAACUUACAGCUACACGCUCUGAAGAGACUCUAAUGUCACCACAUCCCUCUUUAUACUUUCACUGCCUCUGACUAAAACACACGGUCCACAGACAUCCCAGCUCUCACAACGACGCAGGAUGUUUAGGCUGAUCCUGGGAGUUUACAGCCAGUGAUCUAAGGCUUUAACUGACACCGGGACCGGGUCCACAGCAGUUCAUUUUAGCAGGUAUUCAAGGUACUUUGGAAAGUGGAGACGUUUAAUUAUGUGUAAAGGUCAUAAAUGAGCUGAGAGGAAUCAUCUACACGUCAGAAUCUCGGUGUUGUAUUUGACAUCAAAAACAUGUGGUGCAGUUCCCUCCCGUGCCUCUGAGAGAUCACCUCUGAUGGAAAACCAGAGAUGUUGGACUGUUGAAACACCCAGGCCUCGUUUAUCAACUAAUUAGACGUACAGUGUUCUACUAUCCCAUGGGGAGCAACACUAGCAGUGUUUUAGCUUGUCUCUGGUCUUCGUCUACUUCCUAAGCUCGGUCCACGGAUUCCCUCUGAGGAUGGAAGUUUAUAACGCAGGCCACAAAUAAAUUGACUGAAAUUGAAUUCAUUUUCAAAUGACUGCUGUAGGUUUUAGCAAAUUUGAUCAGAGACUGAUAUUAUCCAUGUCAGAAUUUUUGGGAUAAAUAUUAAUAUAAAAUCUUUCCCCUCUUGAUUGGCUGACAUGAAUAAUAAUAUUAGAUUUAGAUUUAGUAUUAAAAACAUUGUUUUUGCUGUUUGUGUCAACACAUAGUUGAUAAAUGAGGACAGGGACCUUGUACAGAGUGGUUUCAGUAGCUUCACUUUCAGCAUCUCUGUGUUUUGACAGUAAAUGUCCAGUUGUUGUGAAAAUGUAAUGGGAUGGUUCUAAGAGCAGUGUGUCUGCAGGAAGAUUGAGCUGCACAGACUGAUGAAAACCACUGACCCUCGCACCUCAUGACGAUGUCUUAUCCCUGCUUACGAGUGUUAUAUUUAUACAUGAUCACAUCUUGUCUGUGUACUAUAUAUUUAGGAUGUUUGUUCUGUUUUUGUUGGGAGAAUAAAUGUGCCAAUGUGAAUUUGCCCUCCACACCGACACCCUGCAUGAAGAGCACCACAUGGAGACCGGGGAGCAAAGUCUCCCCUGAACGCCACAGGUUCACAACAACUGGUGCUGUUUUUUUAAGAUUACCUACAACGUUCUUUUAUUAUUGGAUGGUUUUGUUGUUCGACGGCACUGUGGCUGGUCAGUGGCUGUGUGUGUUUGUAGAUUCUUGUUGUGCUGGACAGUGAACCUGUUGACUCAGUAAGUGGCUGCUUGUUUCUUACCACAAAAGUAACAACAAUGAAUAAAUGAAAAAUAAACAAA